AUGCGUUUCACUCUCAUUGCAUUCAUGGCCAUCUUUGGCGCUGCCAUGGCAGCCGAUAAACCAUUGAUUGGCAACGGCCACCCAUGCAAGACAGAUGGUAGUCUCGGAAACUGUGCCAGUGGCUUCUGCCUGGUAAGAAACUCAUAA